UUGGCCCUUGUUAACUGUCAUAAUCGAUAGGGGGUGCCACCUGUCGGCCUCUUUUCCAUCACAAUCUUCCACGAUGGGUAUCGGUGUGAAGGACGUGAAUCAGCAUGAAUUUAUAAAUCGGCUGGCCGCUUUCUUAAAAAGAAGCGGUAAAAUGAAACUACCCGACUGGACAGAUAUAGUCAAAACGGGUCCAUAUAAAGAAUUAGCUCCUUACAGCGAGGACUGGUUUUAUAUACGAGCUGCUGCUUUAUGUAGACGUAUGUAUAUGAGAGCACCUCUUGGAGUUGGUACAGUAAAGCGAGUCUAUGGAGGUAAUCAAAGAAAUGGAACAGCCCCAAGCCAUUUCUGUAAAGCAUCUGGAGGUGUUGCUAGAAAAAUUUUCCAAGCCUUAGAGGGUGUUAAAAUGGUUGAAAAAUCUACAUCUCGAAAGGGUCGUGUCUUGACUGGACGUGGUAGACAACAUUGUGACAUUAUUGCUGCCCAAUCUUACAGAAGAUCUAAAGGUAAAAUAAGGAAGAAGAAGAAGUUUGUACCCAAAAAAGCAGCCAAGGGAGGACCCAAAGCAAAGGCUGGUAAACCAGUGAAAAAAUAAAGGAAAUAAAUGAUAUAAAUAAACAACAAA